CAAUCCGACCCUUCAAAUAAAACGAUAGAUGAAGUUAUCUUUACGUUUAGCGUUGUUGUUCUCUUGAUUGAGUGAUUUAGUGGCAGAAGUUUGUCAAAAUUAUCCUAAAUUCGCCUACUUGAUGUAUUAUAUUCUCACCCAUACCUUAACAUCUGUCUCCUAUUCGUCUCUUAAUUGAUAACCAUACACGUAAUAGGGGUGUCGGUGUUUAUGCACACUUGGUGUUUGAAAUAAUGCUCAAAUAAAAGUUCUUUCGUCGAAUUGAUGAUUCUCGUUUGUUGGUAUUAUUCAAAACCUUGUGAAUUCCUAACCAAUUUUCAAGAUAAAGGAGCAUCAGUAGCAGUAGAGUGGGGGAUUUAAGAUUAUGGCAGUGCCGUGGAGUAUGACACUCUGGAUGGCGAAUAUGGUGUGGAUGGCGCUAAGUGGUUGGGUGAUUUCUUGCUUGACAGUUGCUGAUGGAAUCGCUGCUUCACUUCGUACUGGCGAUAUCGGUCCAUUUCAUGUUGGUUAGGUUGGAAUUUGCUACCCUUUUCAUUGAUCUG